AAGUGGUGGUGCGGAGCCUGCAGGUAAAAUCCUACUGCUCUCUCUACGUGUGUUCAGAGUUAGAUCUGAGAAGUCCAGCAUGAAGAACUAUAUACUCAACAGUUGACAUCCCUUUAGAGAAGGAAUGUCUCCAGAGUGUCUUCUGCCUAUUGCGUUUCUAACGUGUGAAGCCGCUCAUGAAAAACUGUUGCUGAAAGGACCGGCCACAGUGAACAUUUUGCUUUUCCCAAUUACCCAAGCGCGCCACUGUCCGUCUGCGUUUGGCUGUUAAUUCUGAACAGCAACCCCAGAAAAGUGCCAGUGCUCCGCAGAAGGGAACGCCGAAACUCGUCAAGGCGGGAGGAGAAGAUGAGAACCAGGUUCCAUCCCAGCCUCGGGCCAUACAGAGCUCGAGUCCCGCCUCCACUGCCCAGAGGCUGCCGGAGUCAGUAUUCUCCGUUGCCAUAGAGCCCGGGGAAGUUUCCCUUCCUAGUCCCCGCGCUUUGAGCCUAUCCUUGUGGAAUUCAAUUGCAUCAUCGCCUCCGACGCGCUCAGUUGCUAAGACAACUCCGGACACUUGGGAAGAAUGUUCCACCCACUUUCAAUCUCCCUUCCCAAGCUUCCAGCGGCCCGCGCGCAAGGCGACAGAAGAGAACGCGUUGCAAGAGCUUGGGAGAGUGUCGUCCUUUCCAGGGGUUCAUUUGGGCGGGAGCUGGGAAAAUGGAGACCUCCCCCCGCGCGCCUGAGCUGCGACCUCUAGGCAGAGGCUGGUGGACAAUACCGUACUUUCAUGCAGUGUUAUUGCUUGCAGCUUAGACAAACAUACACACACUUUAAAAAAAAAAUCCGUUUAAACAUGCACGUGAGAUUGCAAAAAGGUUGUCCCAUCCUUCACCCUCGCUCGCUUGGCUUGCAGGUACCUAAACCUCCCUCACGCUGCUUUCAAUUAACCCGAAGUAGAGACGAGUGUAAAGUAACGGCGUGUGUGUUGGCGUCUCCUGUAUCUUUUAACAGCUGCCGAGCGCGUAGAAAUCUAGCAGGCAAAGCGUUUCUUAUUACGGAUGUGUAGCGACAGGAAAAGCUUCACCUGUUAGAUUUCUGUUGCGCAGCUACUAAAGGCACAGGAAUGGGAGGGGGACGGAGAUAAUUCCAGCUGCUGUCGGCGUCCCUUGACUCACGGCAUGCGCUGUAUGUUCGCCCUGUCCUCGCCUUGCGUCUGGCCUGUCUCUCUUCCCCACCUCGACAACUCGAAACUCCAGUAGGUGGCGGCGAGCCCCUCAAGGAAGAUAGCGGAAGGCUGCAAGGUUUUUUGGAAGCCGUCUUUUCCCCUUUGCCCAAGCCGCAUUACCUCAUGCUAAAGAACUCCCUGUCUGAAGGGCUGGGCUAAAUAUAGGGACUGGAACGGGGACCGGGAGUGGGAGAGAGUUUAAGACGGUGCAAGCAGGAAAGGGAGAGAAAGGCACACACGCACGUUUGAACCCGGAGACUGCUCCUUCCCCUGUCGCUGCUAAGCAGGAUGUGCCGCUUUCCCUCCCCCGGCGGCUUCUCUGACCCCGCUGUGUGUAUCUGUGCCUCCCUCCGCAGAUCCCAGCCCAGCGCCCUGAGCGCAGCAUGCCCGCUCCGCUGCUCGCCCUUCUGCUUCUGCGCGCCCUUCUGACUCGGCUGCUGCUCCUGGCUCGCAAGCGCCUCCUGCCGCUGCUUCGGCGCCUGGGGGCCCACCUGACUUCCCGGCAGUCCCGCGAGGCGGUUCUCACCUGCCUGCUCUGCGUCCUCAACCUGCGCAAGAAGGUGGACGACGACUGAGGCGAGCUUUUGAGUGACACCAAAGAAGAGGGCAGACCUCAACUUUGAGGUAGGUAGCAGCUCUGCCGCUGCCACCACCACCACCAGCAGCACCUGUCAUCGCUCAUGCUGAGACUUUCGCAGUGGAGCACCCCAAAGAGCGAGGAGAAAUCAAGGUUACCCUGAGCUGAGCUGAGCUGCAGCCAGUUUUUCUCCAGCAGAAAGGACAUUUUCAGCUUCUGGGUGAGCGUGUGGAAAGGAGCUGCACUCUGCCUGCCAAAGGAGAGGGAGAGCAAUCAGGGAGCAAUCAGCAACUGUAACCCUUCCAAAGCGAAGAUUUAAUUUAUGAUCUCAUUUCUCAAGAUCCACCCCCAGACAAAAUCCUUCCAGCUUCAAGCCUCUCAGAAUGUUUUUCUCCUCUUUCCUUUGAAGCCAGGUCCACGCUCCCACCCACAAUUCCGCUCUCACAGUCUUGUUUUCUGAUGGUAACUUAUGGAUGACAAGCAAAGCUCCACCACCAUUUUUGCUGCCCAGAGGCCUGGAAUGGUGGUAGCAGCGUGAUUUCUCCUGCCUGGAUACCAAAGAAGUCUGGAAGUCCUCUUCCUUGAGACAUUUUGAAGCAAGCUUCUGAGAGAGUUCCCAGGUGCAGCAUCUUGAGAAGAGGGACAGGGCAGGAGCCAGUGGGUCAAAUUCUCCAUCUCUGGGACUCUUUGCAUGUUGCAGAAGAGAUGGAAUAUCAUCACUUUUGACUUUGCCAUGCGUUUCGUAGACUGCUGCUAGAGUUCAAGAUUUGUGGCUCACUGUCUCCCAGUCUCCUGUGGUGCCUGCAAGGCCAAUGUGAGGGGGGAAAUGUCUGGCAGCAGAGCAAGGAAGGUCCAGCCAUUCACUAUUACCACCAAGCUUUCCCUACCAAAGUACUCCCUGGACUUUCCAGGAGACAGCUGUCCCAGCAUCCCUAUAGCUGCUCUGGAUAAUCAUGUUUUGCACCAAAACCUCAAUGAGCGUGUUUCUCUGUAUCUGGCUCAGGCUCCUUCUGUACCCACUGGUGGUAGGUUUGGCUGCACCAGCCCAGUUGAAGAAGUAGUCAUCAAUGAAGAUCGCAUCAACCGCAACUCGCUGUCCCGCUCCAUCAAGAAGAUCACCCUUUCCAACUGGCAUGGGGAACCUAGUCCAGAUGAGGAAGCAAUGCUUAAAGGCCCUGCCCACACCAGUUGUGAGAGGAACUGCAACAACAACAACUGCAGAACAGGAAAAGCACAAUUCAAGGUCUUCCUCAGAAAAGAGGUGGGAAUAGAGGAAGAAAAGCAAGAGGCCAGGAAGCAUCAGGCUAGUGGUCAUUCUUCAGUGGCCAGAGUUGCUCCUCUCCACAUGAUUUCAGGCUGUGCUGUUGCAGCUCCCUGGAAGGAGAAUACACAGGCAGGCGAAGUGGGGCUGAAACCUUGCUCCCAGAGAAGCACAGGGCUGACAGACCUUUGCAAAUGGAAUCCUCAAGUAGCUCAGUUCAACUGUGACAUGAUGCAGGCUGAGAAAUGGGUGUGUGCAAAACUCCGAGGGCUGAAGGAUGGUUGCAGUAUUCAGGAAUGGGAGAGGGUGGCUCAAACCUUACAAAGAGACAUGAAGGACUUUGAGAACACAAUGAUCAAACUGAACCAGAUGGGUGAGCAACUUACAGCCCAGCCAAACCCCAGUGCAGAGAUAGUGAGGCGACUACAAACCCUGAGAGAACAGUGGCAACUACUGAAGCAGACGGCAGCAAAUCAGAGCAAAGCAGUGGGUGGACUCAGAAACCUACAAGAAUUCAACCAGAAAGCUGAGCAACUAGAAGCUUGGAUCAGGCAGAAGGAAGAGAAACCUUUGCUAACUGCUCUGCUGCAAGAGAAUGCAGACAAGAUUCAGCUUACUCGGCGCAUCCUUGACUUGAAACAGGAGGAGGAACAGUUCCAGGCCCUGCACGAGCAAAUGAACAGCCUGGCUCACAAACUUGAGAAACAGGAGAAGAGUGAGAGCAGAAGCAUCAUGGCUCGGCGCAAGCACCUCAAUAAAAUGUGGCUGCGGCUCCAAGGAACACUGAAGGAACAUCAUGAGACCCUGCAUCUGGCUCUGGAAGCAGCUGCCUUUCUCCAGCAAGCAGAUGUGGUCCUUAGGGCCAUUCACACAAAGCAGAGGAAUUUGUGUGGAGUGGGAAAAUGGAAGGAACCUGAAACCAGCCCAGAUCUGGCUGUCAGAGAUAUUGCUGGCCAGGUCAUGAUGCUGGAUGUGACGGUGUCCCAGCUCAUAAGCCUCCAUCCCAGCCUGAUGGCACAAGUCUCUCUCAAGCACCAAGAUGUCAAGGAGAGUUGGGCCCAGCUCCAACAGCUAUUGAGGAGUGAGAAGCCCCCACUUUUGGCUUUGACAAGGAAAUCAAUUGAUUCCCCAAGUUCUAAGCAAGUGAGGACCACUAUGUCAAACAGUGCAGUGAGAGAGGCUGGAGAAAAAACUGUAUGGGAGGUACAAAAAGACAUUCAAGGAAGCCAGGAGAGCAAUUCAGACUCACCAGGCAAGGAGGUCAUUGCCAGUGACAGCAGGAGGAGGAGGAGGAAGCUUCUCUGGCACUCAAAUGCUUUGAAAGACCUGCCCCAGCAGGAGGCACACCUUCAGGACUUCUGCCAGGUUGCUGAUGGGGAACUGCACAAGCGGAGUCCACAAGUGGAAGAUGCCCUUGAGGAGCUGGAAGAUCUGUGGGAGGAACUGAGAAGAAAGCAUCAAGCGAAUGGUGUGGCUCUGAGGGAGAUUGAUACAGCUCUGCGGCUGGUUGGGGAGCUGGAAGAGGCUGAGUGCUGGCUAGGAACUGUGAUAGGCUUGCUGUCUGAACCAGCAGCAACAAAGAACCUUGAUGACCUCCAUGGUGACCUGGAGAAAAUUGGCACCCUGGAGAAUCAGGUUGGGGCAUGGAGUGUUAAACUUCGAGCCCUGCAGAAGGAAAUGCAGAUGGAGUCCUCCUCGGAACACACAGCAGCUGCAAUGAUUCAGAGAAAGAUGGAAAGCGUAAAGAAAAAGUUGGCCUGUGUGCAGGAGGCCCUCCAACGCCGAGCAUCAGACUUGAAAGAUUCUGUGAUUUUAACUGAGUUCUUGCAGAAUGUGCGGCUAGAAGAGAUGCUAAGUCAGAGGAACCAAAUACAGGUAGUGCCUAACCAGCUAGGCUCCCAAGAGCCUUUGCACCUCCUCAUAACCCAGAGUUCUCAACAGCUGAGCAGUGAGGACAUGAGCAGGUCACUGGAGGAACUGCAAGAAGCAGUGGAGAUGCUGAACAACAUGGUGAAGGAACGGGAGCAGGCCAUGGAGGCAGUGGCCAAGAUGGAGACCCUGAAGUGCUUUGUACAAGCCUUGACAAGCGGAGAAGAAACUAGGCUGGCCUGGGUCACCUCACAGAUGGAGACUAUAAGGGACAGAGCAGAAACGCUGGCUCAGGACAUCAUCCAGGCAGAGAGAAGCUUUGCCGCGGUGAAGAGUGAGGUAGAUCUGCUGGAGCUGCAGGGCCUGGUGAAAAGGCAGAAAGAGAUAGAGAGCGAUAUGUCUGCCCUGGAAGGGGACAUGGAAGAGCUGGAGAGAGCCUUCAGUCAGCUGCAGGAGUGUUAUUUGGAACAAAUAUCUAAAGAGUCCAGAAGGAUCAGUGAAAUAUUGGAGGCUUGGAAGGAUCUACAAAAGUUGGUGUUGGGAAAUGCAGUCCGUGAACAGCAAGCUGCUCAUUUGCGGCAAUUUUUUCGAGCUUAUUUGGCCAUUAUCUCCUGGACAGAGGAUACCCGGGCACAGAUUUUCUCUGAGAGUCUGAGUGCCUGUGGUCUGUCAGAAGCUCAGUGGGAAGAGCUGGAGAAUAAUAUGGAGACUAAGUUCAAGGAAUUUGAAGAUCUGGCAGCAGCAGGAUGGAAGCUGGUGGCUGAGGAGCACUUCUUGAGUGAGACGAUAAAGGAGCGAAUGGAAGAGCUGCAAAGUAUGCUGGGAUGGGUGAUGGUGCGCUGGAGAGCGCAGAGUUCCCAGGCAGAUUCUGGGAACAAGAAUGAUGGCAAGAAGACUCAAGAUGGCAUCCUGAACAUGCUCGAGAACUGCCAGAUUAAAGUAGCUCAUGAAGCAGGAGUGAGUAAAGCAAGCGAUAUCCUAAAUUCCAGUGUUUCCGAAGGGCCUCCACUCACCCUAGGCUCCCUCCAAAAUGGUUCAGCAACACAGCAAGAGAGUGAAUCAGUCUCCACUGCAGUCUUGUCUACCCUGGAUGUUCUUCCAGUGCACAAAGAAAGUGUGGAAGAAUCCUUGGACAUCCCCAAGGAGAGUCUGAUCCUAGAACCUUCAGAGACCCCAGUGCUGCUGGUGCCACAGCCAGGCCCUGGCAGCCUGGGUGGCACUGUGAACUUGAUCUUGAGCAUUGGGAAGAAAGUGAGGAGGGAGGGCACAGGCAGCCAGGUUGAAGGAGCACCAUCGAUGGGACAGGAGACCUUGCACAAGGUGAGCACCUAUUUGCAUGUGAAGGAGAAAGAUGUAGAGAGAGAUGGAAGCAUAGCCUGUGGAAGCUCAACCAUGCCACAACCUGCUAAGCAAAUGCCUCCUAGAGCUCAUUCUUCCCCACUUCCCAGUACAGGGUGGGGCACCACAUCCUUCUAUACCUUGCCUAAAAUCAGCUCCAGCUUCUUUUUGCGGAGCCUGAAAAGAAAAGACAGAGCAGAGGCAGGAGAUGCCCAGCUGCUCACUUUGCAAGGGAUCAUGGGAACAGAACCAAGUGAUCUGCAAGCUGUGCAAGGGGAGAGGUACAGAACCAGUAGCACCUGGCCCCCUAAGUGUAACAGGAGGGCACAAGCUUUGCGGACACUAUGUCCACCACCACACAGAGAGCUAACAGACUAUAUGAAGAACCCAUUGGCAUGGGCUAUUGAUGCUGAAUGUGACUCGGUUGGGGAAGUAUCUGGAUGUCACUUGUUCCUGAGACAGAGCAGAAAUCUCAACAGCCCCCAGUCACUCACAGAGAGGAUGGACAACACAUGCCAGCGUCUUUCUCUAGGUUCUGUCCUGAGCCUGGAGCUCCCCAAGGACCCCACUGUCCUUAGGAAUAUCCAUGAUGCCAUAAGGGUAGCAAAGGAGGGACAAGCAGGAAGGAAGGGAGUACACCAAGCCUGCCAUAUGGCUCAAGGGAGCACAGUUGGGGCAAAAGUGCAGGAGAAUGGUAGCAGCAUGCAAAAGAGGGCAGUAGGAGAGCAGCCAGCAAUACACCGAAGGCCCAUCAGGCCUGGGGAAGCCCAGGGCAAAAAGGAAGGCACGUGGUUUGAAGAGGUGAGCAUCAACCCAAGCUAUAGCAGGCAGAAGGCUUAUUAUGUUGCUCCUUGUGGAGAAGAGAGGCAGAGUCCCAAGAGCCAGAGUGGUUCCAGUGACGAUUUCCUGGAUUUCAAGCAGAACUGCCUGUCCUUUAUUAGUGUACUGCAUGGGCAGAAAGGCUGGGAGUGGGAAAGACCAGCUGCUUCAUUGGGAACCACUGGCAGCUGCAGUGAGGUGCAGGUAAAGAGUCCAGCUGAUCACAAAGUCAGAGAAGCAUCUGGGGUGAAGCUGAAGCCUUCCUCUGCUAAGCACAUGAGCAACUCUGAUGCAGCUUCCAACACAACCCAAGUUAAGAACCCUGCAGUGAAUGAGGCAGCAGAGAAGGAAAGUGCCCAGUGCUGUGAAGAAAACUUUGCAAGAAUCCCUCCCUCAUUACUCCACCUGGGUUUCAAAUCUCCUACCAAACUAUCUGUGUUUGAAGGUGAAUUAGGCCAUCAGGAAGGCACCCUGACAUCCUCAGGAUUAGGUCCUCUUGUCCUGGCUCCUGGAGGAAAGAUGACUGAAGGAUCAAAGUUGCCAGAGGCUUGUCACCCUGCCCAUGAGUUGUUUGAAGAAGAGGAGGAGGAGCUGCAGGCCAUAUGGAGCAAUGUGGAGAAGCAGAAGAGAAGCUCAGGAAUCCACGGCAGCCCUGCUGGAAAGGUGGACAAGAUGCAAAGUCUGGACAGCUCUGGUGGAAAAUUCCUUUUGACAUCAGCAGAUAACUUGCUGGUGGCUAAGUUCAAGCUUCCCAUCUCUGCCCAACUGCUUCAGAGGUCAGAAGGAGAAAGAGGGACCAGCGGUGGACUUGACAAAAAGAGCAGUCCAAGUUGGUGCCAGGCACCCAUACCUUCUAGCCAGGAGCCAUCAGAAGGGGGAGAGGCUACAGCCCUGGGGUCACUACAGGGUACCUGCCCAAUGGCCCAGCAGAAGCUCCAAGAGGAGGGCAGAUGUGUUGGCAAGUAUCUUCCCAGUAAGCUGGAGCUUCAGAUGAUGGAAGGAUCUUUGGAAAGGAAGCAUCUGUUGCAGGCAGGAGGCAAAAAGGCAAACUGUCGUUCUUGGAACACGUUCCAUACAGUGCUGAUGAGACAAACUUUGUGUUUCUACCAGGACAAGAAAGAUACUCUCAAGAGUUCUGUAGUGGCCCUGCCACUGAACCUGUGUGGAGCCAUUUGCACCCUGGAAACAGAGUACACCAAAAAGAACAACUGUUUCACAUUACAGUUGAAGGAUGGCUCCAAGUACCUCCUUAGAGCUCCGACUGAGCCACUCAUGAAAGAGUGGAUUACCAAACUGCAGCAGAACUCAGGCUUACCUGAAGUGGAUUAUUUCCAGUCAGCUUCCCAGACUGCCCAAGGGACGAUGUCUGCUGUUAGCGUGAUUCCUAACCAUGGAGUUUCCCACUUCCUGGGCCUUCAUCAGCCUCUCACAGCCAAGAGCCAAGAGGCUGUGCUUCCACCCAGGUCAAGUGUCAGACUGCAGUUGCCGCAUGAUACUCAGGAUGACCCACUGGAUUCAUCAGCAUCACAGACAGAAAACAACCAUAAAUCUGCUGCCAGUUAUACCACCGAGCACAGUCUGAGGCAGUGCUCACCUACUGAGUUUGCAAGGCCGCAGGAUCCUUACAUUUUUCCAGAAGAGGACUGUGGGCUAGUGACAAACAAGCGGCGGUCAUAUUCCUUUACCUCAGCCACAUACCAGAAGAUCACACCUUUGUCAGUGUCCAAAGAACCUUUGGGGCUUGGCAGCAGCUACUCAGUUACUCUGUACAUUGGAGAGCAGGCACCUGCCGCCCCAAGGCCUCGCUGCCAUUCCUUCAUUGCCUCCUCUAGUGGGGCCCGAGAGACCUUGAGUGAGAGAACUCAAGGCUCCUCACCUCGCCAGAAGAAUAAAUCUGUCUUCAGAAAGUUCUUUGGGAAGAAAGACUGAGAUACUAGCUCAUUCUCCUCAACCAAGAAAUGAGGGGUGUGGCUGGAUACAGGCGCUUGAACCUUCCUUUGAUUGGGCCUGAUUGCAGUUGGGGGGCACUGGUCUGUUGUACCAUCUCUUAAUGUUUGCUCUCUUCCCACGAGGGUGGGAGGGAUAGGCUCUGCUCAGUGAAACAAUCUCCUAGGCCCCAACUCUGAUAGGGCAGCCAUGAUAGGGAAUAGCAGCUGACAGGGUCAAAGGUCUUUAGGAAGGGGGGGGGAACCUGCACCUCAAUUCAUAUUGUUGCAAAGUGAUGUAUUCCAACCACCUUGGGCUUUUUCUUCUGCUAGCACAGAGCACAGCCUUUGUUAGCCUGUAUGUCAAACACAGGAAAUCAGGUUAUACAUUCCUAGGCACAUAUGUUAUAAUACUGUAUUUGUAUUUAAAUAAAUGUUUGCAUGCUUCAUGAUGGGAUCAAAAACGAAGCUUUAAAAAUGGCAUAUAGGGUUGCCAUUUUUUAAAAUUUGAUCUUGCUGUUGUGCCUUUGCAGUUAUUAGCAGGUGAUAAUGCUUAAUCUCCUGAUUUCUGCAGGUCAAGCUGCUGUAAAACAAACACACAGGCCAGGGCAGAUUUUUUUUUCUGGACAAUUGGCAAACAGAAGUCUAGAGUUUACAGCAGAGCAGUGGAAUUAUUUCUUGGGGGAAUCUGUACAUUGCUAAUUUAGAAUGGACAUGUACCUGAACCAAGCUCUGGUUAAGACUUGUGAAGGCUUUGAGAAAUAAUAAUUUAUGGGGACCCCAAAAAGAACAAUUUAUGUACCUACCUUUUUAUUGUUCAGAAAUACAGAAUGAAUUCUCCA